CCCACUUCCCUGCAUCUUUCUCCUCUACCUCCUCCCAAACUCACUCCUCUGCCUCCAGCUAUACUCCUAUUGCCGACUCCUCAUCUCCCCUCUUACUCAUCUUCCUCCUCUGCAUUUUCCCACCAUUGAACAACUCUCAUUUAUGCAUGUUAUGAGUGAAAUUGUAAGGCUUCUUUUCGUGGUUGACAUUGAAAUUGGCCCAAAUGCAGUAAAUCCAAUCACUGCAGUCGAAGAUGGCCACCGGAGAUAGUCUCCUCAGCAUUACGCAUUGUGGGCAUCCCUUGUACAUGGAUUCUUCAUUAUUGGCCUCACCGAUUUGAGAGUACUUUCUUAUCAGUGACGCACUAUACCUUGUGCUCAAAUAUUUGUAUUUUUCUGCUUUCUUCUGAAAGUGAAAUGGUAUACUCGUGGCAUUAAUUUAACUAUUAAUUAAUUGCUUGGUUAAUUUAUCAUCCCAUGUAAAAUGUCUAGAUGUUUGCAUCAUGGCCUUUAUUUCUAUAAGCAUCCGCUAUUGUUGAUUAGGCUUCUUGAUGUCAACUAGUAACUAUAUAUCCUGAAUAAUUUUAAUGGGAAGUCAUAAAUUUAUUGUUGGAGUACAAGGAAUGAGGAAGACGGAUUCGUUAAUUUAUUGUUGGAGUACAAGGAAUGAGGAAGAUGGAUUCCUAAAUGAAUUCUUUUAUAUUGUUGUGUUCUAUUAACUUGAAUUCCGACAAAAAAAAACAUUGAAUUCCGUUAUUAUUCCAAUCCCAGGCCAUUUGACUCGCAUUUGUUUGUAGUUUUUGUUAUAAGAAUGUUGCUUAUACAUUAGCCAUAGAACCAACCACCAUAGUUUGGAUGUGUAAAUAUUGAUCAUUCAGAGAAAGAUAAAAGAUAAAUUGUGAUCCUUCUUUACUCUGAUUAUAUACUAAAGGGUGGCUCUGCAGCUGUACACGUGCCAUCUAUAUAAGAAUUGCAUUAUUUUGCUAACUUGAUCUUAAAAAUUGCUACCUUUCCUUUGCUAAUUAAUGAAACAAUGGUAUUCUGAUUUAUUUUUUCUUCAAUUACUGGUUUGAGAUUCUUGUCUUGUGAUUAUGAAACAAUGAUUAUGAGAUAACCUAACUAAUAAUAGAACCUAACUAAUAAUAGAACUUUUGAAGUUCAGGAUGAACGAGCAAGUGAUGAACACUUUUGGUUAGAGAUUUGAGAGAGCUUGAGAUGGAGAGAGAUAGAUUGGGAUAUUGAUGAUGUUAAUAUUUGGCUUACCUGGAUUGUUUGUUUAUAACUUUUGUUUCUAAUCAUGCUAACGUUCUUUCUUUCCCUAUGUGUCUUUCUCAUAACUAAGCUGCCUUAGUUUUGCGUACAUAACAGAUGCAAUUAUAGGUCAAGAUUUCACCAAUAAAGUUGUUAUAGUUGACAUUUUCACAUCGAUUCUGGUUGUGUAUAGUUACAUUCAUUUAAGUUGCCUAUGCUGCCUUUGAUCCUUGGUUGAUGACAAUCUAACAUUUUUGUUCAUGUUCUUUUACCUGAAAAUGUUGUCAACGUGACAUUGUCUUGCAUGGAACUCUGUGUGAUUGAGGAUGUUUGCCAUGUUAGCUCAUGUUCUUAAUCAUGUUGAAACUAAGAGAUAGAUCUAUAUUUGAUAUGAAGACAUUGAAAUUCAGUUCAGUCCUUUUCAUUGUCAAAAAGUUAAAAUACAGAAGCUCAUUUGUACAGUUGAGAGCCGAAACAGAGGAUUGAUCAGUCGAGGCUAUUUUGGUCAUUUCUCAAUUCACAGAACUCCAAAUUGGAUGAUUCUUGAAGCAUUGAAAAUCUAACUCAAAGGGAUACAACUUUCUUGCACAAGAUCUAGUUCGGCCUUCAUCAUGGAGAAAAUAACAGUUGAAAUGAAGCCAAAUACACAGAAGUGAAUACGUGACACUUGAAAAUGCGACAUGUAGUCGCAUAUUUCUUAAUCGGAUAUUAUAGCCUAAUUUCUGCAAUUUACUCAGUUUCUUGCUCUAUUUGCACACUACUUUUCAGCUAAAUUUCAAAAAAGAAUUUGGGAUGCAUGUGCUUCAGACUCCAAAAGGAAGAGAAGAGAAAUUUUAUGUCUUAUCCAAAAAUCACUUUUGGACUCUCUUAACAAUUAGAGAUGUUAGAAUCAUUAGAAAAGAAAGAGUAGAGGAUAUUAUAGAGCAGAUUAUCAUAUUUUAUCAUUAGAACUUAGUAGUGAGUCUUGUCUUGUUCUCUCUAAUUAGAACUUUUGUGGGAACAAUUGGAGACUUCAUUCACUACAACAAAAAUGGUCUUUCCUGGCAUAUCUGUAAGGACACUUGUUGAUUUGUGUCAUUAUAGCACUCAUAUCAUGACACUUAUUAGCAAUUCAAUAAUAUAUACUCUAAUUUUUUUUUAUUUUAUUAGAUAUAAAAAUAAUAAUGUGCCUUUAGACUAUCUAACAUGACACUUGAAAAAAUAUGAGAUACACCAAAAAAAAGAAAGACACUAAACGGCAUCGUUUGAUUUUGGCGGAAGAUUCAUUUGCCCUAAAACACUCAAAAUUUUCAUUCUGCCGACCAAAACACUUACUCAAAACAAUUGCUCAAAAUUUUCAUUUUCAAGCUCCACCAUUUCCAGCCACCCUCUCUCUGUCUCUCUAUUUCUCUGUUGUCAGAUUCCAAUGUAGUUGGUGGGAAAAAUGGGUAGCAGCCAAGCAGCAGUUUCCAUGAAGCUUCAACCGUGGCUCCCUCAGGCAGCUAACAGCAGCAUCAGCAACAAAAUCUCUCUUGAAGGAAACCCACUUCCGGGUCAUCAUCAUCUUCUUCUUCAAAUUCGGUUCAACAAAUUUCUUCCCCGACUCGAAUAGUUUAUCGAGAAUUGUCUUCCAAGUCCAAUCUCAAUUUGCCCUUUUGGCAAACUACCUGGUUCAUUGGCUUACUUUUACUAAUGGCAAUCUCGUUUUUCGGUCUCGCCAUUUUCCUUUUUCUUACCCUUGACUCCGAUUUCACCUCUUCCCCCAUCUCUACCGCUUCCGAAGGCGUCCAGAUUACUUAUGGGUCAGUGAUCAAGUUGAUGCAUGAGAGAACAAAGUUUAGGCUGCAUUCGCAUGAUGUACCAUAUGGCUCUGGUAGUGGGCAGCAAUCCGUCACUGGUUUUCUCAAUGUUGAUGACUCAAACAGCUAUUGGAUUGUUAGACCCGUACCAGAUACCAAUGCUCAACAAGGGGAUACAAUCAAAGGUGGUACCAUCAUCAGGCUGCAACACAUGAGGACCAGAAAAUGGUUACAUUGCCACUUGCUAAAUUGCUUUUUCAUACCAAAAAGGUACCCAGCAGACCUGUUCGAAAGAGCUGAGAUCAACUCAGUUUUAGACUGGCAUCACGCCAAUCUACGACAUAGUUCAGACCACACUUUUGGAUUACAUCAGGAAAAGCAAUGUAUGAAUUGAUUAUUUUUAUUGAUGUUCACAUUGAGGUGGCAGCAUCUGAAGCAGGUGGAAUUACUCAAGGAUGAGGGCAUACAAGGUACAAGUACCUUUUGAUGGCAAGCCACGGACUUCUGUUUUCCUUGACACCCCUGGACAUGAGGCAUUUCAAGCAAUGAGAGCUCGUGGAGCCAGAGUAAUAGACAUUGCUGUUAUUGUAGUUGCUACUGAUGAUAGAAUUCGACCUCAAACAGAAGAGGCCAUUGCUCAUGCCAAAGCAGCUAGAGUGCGAAUUGUUAUUGCUAUAAACAAAGUGCGCUUGCAUUUAUUCUGAGAUUUCCACUGUGUGUUGGCUUGUAUAUCAUUUAGUCUCAUUUGCAUUCUGCUUUUGAUGUAUGAAACAUGAUGACAAAUCUCCUCUUGCUUAUGGGAGUUGGCAUUUUCAGUUCUCAUAAUCACAGUACUGCUCAAGUUUGAUGUUUCUAGAU